CACACUACGUCAUUGUGGCGGCAGCUUGGAGCUCUGGGUCUGGAAUGAAGACGGCAAGAGCGCGGCUUCUGGAAAAGCUCUCCUCUACGACGUCGGCAGCUCUCGUCCAGUUUCCAAGGAGCAAAAACGAAGAAAGAAAGAAAAAAAAUGGCAAAAAUGACACCCAAAAUAAAAACAAACGCAGUCUCGGUCGCGACCUUGACAAGCUUGGGGAGAGACGAGCUGCUUGCUCCGAGUCCGAGACCUUAGCACAGUCUCUGCGCCGCUUCCCUGCCUUUACGGCCAAGCAGGUAAAGUUAGGAUUUUUUUUGGGGUCUUUUAGCGCACGCCAACUCGGGAAUUGCGUGCGUAGGUGGCCGGAUGGAUCGAGAUGCGGGGACGGGAUCGAUGGCAGUGACGAGGUUGGGUUGUCACCAGGCGGCACAUUCCAGCCACGGCCACGCUCCGGUGACGACAUGGACCUGCGCAGUCUACGGCAAGUACAGGUACCGGUCUGGAGCUGCCUCACACAUUCGAGCCCACCGCCGAGCUAGGAAAUGCUGGAUGGCAGAGCACCCGGGGUGCAUUGAAGCAGCAGGGCGGGCAACCCGUCAGGUACCUGCACUUGCACCAACACGGCCAUGUCAUGGGUAAAGUAGGACUCGAGGCGUCUACAUCGUCGUCAUCGCCCGUCACGCUUCUCCCUCCGCUGCGACACUCUAAACACCCCUUUGCUUUCUCGCUCCGUUUUCCUCUACCGACUCUGCUUUCGCCCGUUGCAACCAAACCCUCCCGCCAACUGUCAAUAGUUCUCCAGCGACUCCCCUUUGCAAAACGUCCAACAAAUCUGCCUUUGACCGACGGUUCACCAUCACCAUGCGGUGCCUCGCCUCCAUCUUGACGGCAGGCCUAGCUGCCUCUGGUGUCGUCGCCAGCAGCUGGUUCCCGGGAUCCAAGGCUGUCUACAACAAGUGGCAUGAGACGGAACUUGAGCGCUGGCUGUCCGACCAUGACGUUCCCUACCCGACACCAGCUGACCGCAAGGACCUGGAGUCGCUUGUCGAGAAGAACUGGAACGAUCUCAUCAUUGAGCCGUACAGCAAAUGGGACACUGCCCAGCUCAGCUCCUACCUCAAGGCUCGGGGCAAGGAUGCAAAAUCCGACGCCGACGACGCAAAGGACAGCCUCAUCUCUCAGGUCAAGGCGAACUGGUACGAGACCGAGGAUGCCACUCAGAAUGGCUGGGCCAAUGUCAAGGACUGGAUCCUCGACACGUGGACCGAGAGCCAGCUCAAGUCGUUUUGCGACAAGCAUGGCAUUCCGGUCCCUCAGCCGCGACACCGUGACACCGUCCUCCAGAAGGCUCGGUCGGCCUACGAGACGGCGGCGAAGAAGGCUGGCGAAACUGCCUCCUAUCCUGGCAAUUGGCUCUACGCCACCUGGUCCGAAUCUGACCUCAAGUCUUGGUUGGACACGCAUGGAUUCCCAGCCCCCCAGCCAUCGACUCGCGACAAGCUCAUUGCUUCGGUCCGCCGUAACUCUAGGCUGGCGUAUCUGAACGCCCAGAGACAGGCUGCUAGCGCCACCGCCAGCGCCCAAGCCGCAUAUGCUACGCUUACCGACAUGAUCAUUGAUGCUUGGAGCGAGUCUCAGCUCAAAGAAUUUGCCGACAAGAACGGCAUUCCGGUUCCCCAAGGCACCCGGAUCAAUGAGCUCCGCGCCCUUCUCCGCAAGCACCGUGCCGAGUUCCUCGGAGACACCAUCAACGCCAGUGCCAAGUCGGCCUUUGGUGCCGCCACGUCCAACGCGCGCAACGAAUACGCCAAGGCCACUGAUAGCGCCUCGCUGGCGGCACAGGAUGCCUUCAACCAGGCUAUUGGCCUCUGGUCGGAGAGCAGACUCAAGGCAUACCUGGAUGCCCGAGGCAUCCCCGUGCCACAACGGUCGAACACGGACGAGCUCCGUGCACUCGUGCGAAAGCACUCUCACAAGGCGUCGUCAGGCUGGACGGCUUGGACCUUUGAUGACUUUUCCCGCAAAAAUCUCCAGGAGUAUCUGUCCAAGCAUGGCGACAAGGCGGCCAAGGCUGCUGCGAGGAAGAAGGAUGCGUCCCGCGACGAGCUUGUCAAGGCCGCUCAGUCAGCCUACUCGUCGGCAUCUACUGCCGGCGGUGCGACGUACGCCUCGGCGACCAGCUAUCUCUCGUCAGCUACUGCCGCCGCCAAAGGCGACGCUUUUGACUCGUGGUCGCACUCGGAUCUCAAGGCGUACCUCGACAGCUACGGUGUGCCCGUACCACAGGGGUCCAAGAUAGACGAGCUCAAGGCCCUGGCACGUAGGCAAUCGACGUACUUCAAGCACGGGACAUCGUCCCCUGGCGGUACUAUUUUUGCUAAGAUUGAAGAGACGGCGAGAGAGGGCUGGAACUGGAUCUCUCAUCAGCUGAAUCUAGGCAGCCAAGCUGCCCAGAAAAAGGCUGCCGAGGCCGAGGCUGCGGCCAAGGCCAGGGCCAAGGAGGCUAGAGAGGAGCUGUGAAGAGCAGGGGGGAAUCAAGCUUGUUUGGGAGGCGAUGUUCGCGAGCACGUGCUCUCGAGAUUACAGAGCCUUCGGACGAGUGAAAAGGGUCGUAUCCUCUAGGACUUUUUCUACCAUGGUGUGCGUUGCUUCACUUGCGAUGCUGGCGUGAGAUGCGUGUCAUCCGAGGAUAGAGGGACUUUGUUGACCGAAACUUGGAUCCGAAAAUGUCACCAAGUUCCCGUGUUUCAAAUGGGAAAAAAAAAAGUAUGAAUGAGAAACAGGUCCUUGAUGAAUGGCGAGCAUGCCCCAAUGAGACCAGAAUGUGACACGGGCAGGUGGUUUGGCGCCGCGCAAUCUGUAGGUAGGUUGUAAAGGUUGUCGAACGCGGCCCACAACAGCGGGC